UAGCAUAACACGUCGCGAGGAGCCAUAACCCAGCAGCAUGAAUAAAUGGCAAUUUAGGGCAUAAAAGCACAAAGAAAUGACUGACUCGAAUCGGCCCCUUGGUUACGUGGUAGAGAAGGUGCCUCUUUGACAGAGAUGACUGAGCAGAAGAGUGUCUCGGCCAAAGACACAAUGCAUCCCUUCGGCUGUGAAGUGGAGACUUCGCUUCAGGACCUGUUUGAGUACUUCAAGAGGUGCCUGCAGCAUGCUGAGUGGGAGCUUGCAAGCGCCUGCGUACCACAGCUGGUGAACUCCCCUGGUGGGCAUUCAGAAAAAGUGCGAGACAUAAUCAAAUCCAUUGUCUGCCAUCCUUACAGAUUAAAAUGGGAGUCUGUUGGUAGUCCACACAAGCUGGCUUGGUUUUGGCUGCAGGUCUUGGAGAAAUGGACUGAGGAACAGGUUCCUCCCAACCUCCGAAAAGAGCUGGAGUUUCUGUUGCUCCUGGAGGAGCUGGGGUCAGAGGGCAUAUCGGAGACUGUCCUUAAGGAGCUGCAAGCGGCUUUCUUGGCUUCGCAGUCCGGGCAAGAAACAACACUUACUGCUGUGGAGUCAUGCCUGCACACCCUGUUGGAGAAAAAGAAGCCAAGACUUGCCCACACGUUAGCACACUUUCUGGAGAACCAAUCAACCGCCGAAGGAAACCCUUUGCAACACGUCUUCAUCCAACACCUGAUGAGGAAACUCAGAAAGCCAGAAGAAAGCCAGGAAAAGGUGGGGGCGUGGGUGGAGGAGAUCUACUCCGUUCUGGCUCUGGUUCCCUGGAGCUUUGGUAGGAGUCGCGGGCAGCUGGAGGAGCUGUGUGAGGCUCUGUGGGCAGCCAGAGCCGGCCCCCUGAAGGAGGAGAGGAUCCUCAGCUGCCUGUUUCGCCCUCGGUGCGAAGUUCUCAUCUCCACGUACUGCUCCACCGCUCUGAGGCUGCAGAGAGAGCGCCUGCUGAGAAGCUCACCCGAAACCAGAGUGGACCUUCCUGAAGCAGAAAAACUCACCCUAAGCCUAUGUUGCCACAAGGAUCGUCAGACCUCUUGGAAGACCAUCUUUUUUGAGUGCCUUAGUAGUGGAAAACACUUUCUUGAGCAAGUUGUGGUUACUGCGCUUGACCUGAUUAAACAUGAGGAAUUCACUCAUCUGAGGGAAUUACUGCAGUCGGAGUUCCAGCCGUUGUCCCGUCUACUUCUUCAUCUGGGAUGGACUCAGUGUCGCAGUCUGAGUUCAGCUCAAACGCUCCUCAGCGUCCUUCACAAAGAGCAGGCAGCUGCCAGUGACUCUGUUCUUCAGGAGUUUGCUCAUCUUUUGUCAUCUCAGCUUGGAAUACUUGAAUGGUGUAAAAACAACAAUCCAGGGAUAUCCAUGGAAGCUUUACUAGCACAGCUGCACACUCUGGACAACCACUCAGCUCUCUAUAUUCUGCAUUCUCUUACUCCACUGGCUCAGUUUGAGGAGUGUAGGAUAUUGGAGCUUCUACAGCAGCUGCCACAUUUACCAGAAAAAGAGGACACAGAUGCCAUUAAAACUCUGAGCCCCGGUGUGCACAGGAACAUAGUUUUGUUCCAGGGGUUCUGUGCCAUGAAGUAUGCCAUUUAUGCACUCUGUGUAAAUGCACAUAAAUACUCCAAUUGCACAGAGUGUGAGAUUGCACAGCAUCACAAACUCGUAGAGGAAACGGACCAAAUCAAGACUUCAAAUUCCUCUGAAGUCUGCCAUAUUAGGUUCCAACACUACCUGUCAGAGUGUCAACUAUAUCUGGAGACUGUGCCAGCCAUGUUUCGCCUCGAACUCCUAGAAAACAUCUUCUCUCUGCUAUUCCUGUCCACCUCUGACUUUUCCCAAAACUCAAGCCCAAGUUCUGGAAAUGACUCCCACCCCGAGUCCACAAGAGACAAUAACCUGGAGGCAGAGGUAGAUGAGACUGAACACCGAAGGAGGGAGAGCCAGAAACUUCGGUCGUGUUUAGCACCAACCCACCACGGUUACCUGGACCUGGGGCACUUUAUCAAAGGUUGCAGGGGAUUUCUGGUGGAUGGGAUAGCCAUGGAGGGCUUUCUAAAGCUGCUGAAAGAAGGGUUGGAGGGCAUGUGUGUGGUGGGGCAGCCGGAGGGACAGGAGGGAGGACGACUGCUGCACCGAGAGGCCGAGGCAGCGGCGGGUCUGGGCUGCUCUGUCACACCUGAGACGUUCGGGAGCCGUCUGCAGAGGCUGUCCAAACGCGCCGCAGAGGCUCAGUGGAGGCUUCAGAUCAUCACCAGCAACCAGGGCACCAGGGACGGUUCAGAAAGUCCAGUCGAGUUGUCAACUUUCAGCUCCACCGUGACUCCUCUGGGAAGAAGCAAGAGCUCGAGUCUGAGGAAGAGGAGGAAGCCAGGGCGACAUGCUGCAGAGAGACAGGCCUCAAUAGAGAAGCAUAACGGGGAAGUUAGCACAAGCGCCUCAGAUGGAGGUGGAGGGCCGGCAGCAGGUGGCGUUGAACUGGAGCUUUGCCCGUGCGGAGGUCCUCACAGCUGGCUGGUCCCUGCCAUGCUGUCUCCCCCCGAGUCUCUGCUGAUGUCCUGCAUCCGCCGAGGAAACUUCAUGGAGGCCCAUCAGGUUUCUUUGGUAUUUAACCUGGAGACGACCUCCUGCAGUGGCGAGCUGGCCUUCAUGGAGCGCUACAAAGAGGUCUUGGUGGAUUUGGGGCAGGUGGAGCAGAAGAUGGAAAGCCAGUCUAUGUCUUCAUCCUCUUCGUCUUCGGAGGGCUUGGGGUCAGCAGCCGUGACGGGGACAGGGAGGACUCGGCUGGGCAGCAGUGGGCGGUCAACGCUGCAGGCCAUUGGGAGUGCUGCUGCUGCAGGAGUGGCUUUCUAUACCAUCUCAGACAUAGCUGACCGUCUCCUCAGCACCCCUGCUCACCCGCUGCCCUCCCUGGAGGAGGGUUACUGGAUGAGCCGCUGCUCUCCCGAAGCCUCAGGCCUACUCUAUACGCUUCUGGAGGAGCUGAGCCCAGCAGCCAUGGCUGCCUUCGACCUGGCCUGUUGCCACUGUCAGCUCUGGAAGACGUCUCGACAGCUGCUGGACACAGCAGAGCGCAGACUCAACAGCAGCCUUGAGACUAGAGGAAUAAGAGUUGAUCCAAAAGUGCCUCAUACCGAGGGGAUCUGUGGAUUUCCCAUGGUCCUUCAACGGCUCAGCAAAAUCCUGAAUCAUUCAGCUACUCAUAAAGGCUGCGUCAAACCAGAGGCCAUCGGAGAAGAUCAGCUGUUUACCAACCCCUUUGGUGGCUGCAUCCAGGAAGUUCUGCUCUGCUGCCACCCGACGCUGAGUGAGGAGAGCAUCGCUGCAAGGCUCAGUCUGACUCAACGUUUAGAGAACACCCUUCACAUUUUGAGCACGGCUGUAGAUGGCACAGAGGACACUGUGGGCAGUUCGAUUCUGGCACAGCUGGUUGAACAGGCCAGUCUGAAGCAGUCUGAGCUGGACUCGCAUCCUGUGCGUUCCAACAUGAAGCAGCUGCUUCGCUCCUUGGAUCAGCUUUGCCCCUUCGAGCCAGACAGAGACCUCGCCAGGCCAGAUUACGUGCGCAGUUUCUUCGACUAUGUCAACACGUUAGCAUCUGUGGUAGUGCGCAGCCUCAGUUCAGAAGACCAGGGCAGUGAAACAAAGCUGGGAAAUUCGCUGCUGGUGGUGCUUCAAACCCCAUUCCAGCUCAUAUCCUACCUGCUGUUUGACAGACAAGUCUCCCCUGACAGAGUUUUGUCCUUACUGCAGCAGGAGGGUCUGCGACUGAGUGUCCAGCAGGUGAUUGUCCAGAAGUGUUGUGAGGUCUUGCCAGUGUGGCGUUCCUGUCCGGGUGACGAAACGGACUCCGAUCAGGCCAAGAAAGCUGACGGCCCGUUCAGCGUAGCAGCCUUGUCUCUAAUGCUCCAGCAGCAUGCUCAGGACCACUUGACAACUCUGGGAAUCACAGAGCCUCUCUCUGACGUGAGCUCUGAGUCGGAGGCCUCUGUGGAAGACCACUCUGCCACAACCACUAACCUCUCCACAUCUCCGCCCUCUCAGUCGUCAUCUUUUUCUUCCUCCUCCUCUUCCUCCUCCCCCAAUUCCUAUGUACUAUCUGCAUCAGCCCUGACUUUCCUAAAGUCUCGCUCCCCUCUGUUGGCCACGCUGGCGUGCCUGAGUGCCUGUAAGGGGGAAGCGGCUCGAACCCAGUCCUCUGGAUGGUCUGGGUAUUUCCGCAGCGGCCGUAAAGACGGCGUCUUAGACGGAGAGCAGAUCUCUAGAGAAGCUGACGGCCUCCUUAAGCAGUUCCCGGUUUUGCGGGCGUACCUUUACGCCAUGGCAGAACCACUCCUGGGCUCCUCAAUGAGCGAAGGAGAGGGAAACCCGGCUGAACUUGGGGCAGUCAUCUGUGGCAACAAAGCACUUGUCAGUCUCCUGUUUGCGGGGCCUCAGGAUGAAGCGGCUCAGGCUGUGGCUGCUGAGGCAUUCCAGAAGGCCCUCGUCUCCAGAGACCUAUCCCGAGCCCUCUCUCUGCUGGAGCUGUAUGGGCAAGGCUGUGACCAGGAGAAGGUGCUAAGAGAUCGCUUACUCGCCUGUGCAGCUUUAGAAGAUGGGGAUGAAGGGAUUAGCCAGCUGUUCCGAAUCCAGGACGCCAGCAUGCGAGCCCGCGUUGCCCUUCAGGCUCUGGAGCGAUGGCCUCUGUCAGCCUGUCAGGAGCUGAUUGAGUUUUGCCUCAACGACCCUAACACAGAAACCUCGCUGAAGACUGACCUAGAGCUCAAGAACAAGGAACUGUGCAUCUAUGGCCGUAUGCUUGAUUUAAAGCCCCCUUUACCAUGGGCCACUUGGCAGGAGCUGGGAGCAGAAUCCAAAAGAAACCCUGAUACGGUAUUCUCCAUGAUUUUGGAGGCAAAAGAGUUUUCUCUUUGUGAGCAGUGGGUAGAGCUCUAUCCUGUGUCUGGGCAGCUGGGGCUGCAGCUGCAGACUGAGCAUUUGCUUUGCCUUCUGGAAAAGGGGCAGACAGACGAGGCUUUUCAGCUGCUUGAGAGUAUUUCAGACGUGGGUCUCGAUGUAUGUGAGCGGGCUCUGGAUCGCCACCCCGGAUUGGCUGCAUGCCACUUUCUGGCCGACUACCUCACCCUACAUUUCCAUAGACAUGUUUCUCCAGCACGUCGACAGCACAUCCAUACUCUUAAUCUGGGGUCCAAGGUGUUGCUGACUCUGCCUCAGGCUGCCAGGCAGGACUAUUUCCACCUUCUGUCAGAGCCGCUGCUGAUGCUGGAGCAGCUGUUGAUGAACCUGAAGGUGGAAUGGGCUGAGGUUGCAGUGCGAACCCUUCGGAGCCUUUUGGUUGGUCAGGAAGCAGGUUUUGGUGCUGAGGACAUCGAUAAACUUCUGGCAGACUACGCAGGCAGAGCCCUUGAUUUCUCGUGCGCUCCCAGAGAGAGGUCUCGCUCUGACUCGGUUAUCAGUCUCCAGGAGGUGCUAAUGCAGUGCCCCGCUCAAGACAGCAGCUCUCAGUCAUCCACCCGACUUGAAUCUCCUGCGUCUUCCUCAAGCAGCACCCCUACACGCACGGCCUCUGCAAGCAGCACAGACAGGGAGAAAGAUCGAGGCUCAUCGGGACGAAAGCGGCGCUUGUUCCAGCCCCCCGAUCAGCCCCCUGACCGUAAAGACUGGGUCCCUGACACCCAGCACAAUGUUUGCAUGGUCUGCAGGCGGGAGCGGUUCACUAUGUUCAACAGACGGCAUCACUGUCGGAGAUGUGGGCGCCUUGUUUGCCAGGCUUGCUCUGAGCAGAAGAUGCUUAUUGAUGGGACUCCAGGAGAGGAACCCGUCAGAGUCUGUGACCAAUGUUACGCCUUCUUUCACCCAGAUUCUGAUAAUGAGCUGGAACCUGCUGAAGUGGCUGUCAGUCCUAUGGUAAGAGUGGAAACGCUUGAUGGGAUGCUGCAUCUGCCUGAAGUGGUCCAUCGACAGUUUCAACUCAGCACUGACCCUGCUGAGACCCAGCUGCUGCGGAGCGAGUUCUACUACGAGCAGGCUCCAAGUGCACACCUCUGCGUGGCUAUUUUGUCUCUGCACAGUGACCAAACUGCCUGCGGUCACCAGCUCAUCAACCACUGCCGCUCCCUGUCCCGUAAACUGACCAACCCAGAGGUGGACGCCUGCCUCCUCACCGACAUCAUGCGGCAGCUACUCUUCAGUGCCAAGUUGAUGUUUGUAAAAGUCGGACGCAGCCAGGAUCUUGCUUUAUGUGACAGUUACAUCAGCAAAGUUGACGUGCUGAAGAUUCUAGUUACUGCCAAUUACAAAUAUAUUCCUUCUCUGGAUGACAUUCUGGAGACAUCAGCGGUCACCCGCCUCCGCAACCAGCUGCUGGAAGCAGAGCACUACCAGCUGGCAGUGGAGGUGUCGACCAAGAGCGGGCUUGACCCCGGUGGCGUGUGGCAGGCGUGGGCCAUGGCCUCUCUGAAGGCAGGAAACCUCUCAGGAGCAAGAGAGAAGUUUGGCCGCUGCCUCAGGAUUCCAGUGGACAGAAACCAGCUCGGCCAGGGGGCCCCUCUGCUGCAGGAGAUUGUCCAGCACCUGGAGAUGACUGUCCGGCCCUCUAUGUCCGUGUCUUACAGUGAAGACAUAUUGGCAUCCCUACAAGAGCUUGAGGACAUCCUGAACGAGACCAGCCAAGCAGAGCGACAGGAGACACCAAAUCAGAGCCACCACCUCCACCAGGAGUGUCUCUACUACUUGAACACGUACGGCACUCACCUGGCACUGAUCAGCUUCCACAUGCGUCAUGACCGUGUGACAGAGGCCAUGGCAUAUCUCCUCAACAAGGACUGUCCGGAGGAGGUAUUUCUGGAGGGGGUGUUGCAGCCCAGUCUGGAGAGGGGGCGCCUUGGCAUGCUGCAAGGCAUAAUGGAAAAACUAGACCCCAGUCUGGAAACAUGCAGUCGCUAUCUCAUCGCAUCCUGCCAGUUCCUGCAGCGGCGGGGAUACUACCACUGUUUGUACCAACUCCAGCAGUUCAUGAUGGUAGAUCAUGUGCGCGCGGCCAUGACCUGCAUACGAUUCUUCACGCAUGGAGCUAGUUCUUACCAACAGCUGGGAGACCAGCAGCGCUGGUUGGUCAGAGCCAAAGAGCACCUGAAGACAUACCUGCAGGAGCAGCAGGGUCGGGGUGCUGUGAGGAGGAAGUCUCAAGUCAACUCUUUCAGGAAAACGAUGUCAUCCAGUGACGUGUCCAGGCACAUGAAUACAAUUGAGCUCCAGCUGGAAGUGACUCGUUUCCUCCACCGCUGUGAGACUGCAACAUCGUCGAAAACCUCACAGACCAGCGUGCCUCCCGCAAAGCCCUCCGGAUCCACUUCACUACCGACACUGUUUGCUGGAAGCCAGACGAAGAUUGAGGUCGCCUGCAAGGUGAUGCUCGGAGGAAAAAACAUCGAGGAGGGGUUCGGCAUUGCUUACAGAGUCAUACAGGACUUCCAGUUGGAUGCGCAGACCGUUUAUGUCCGCGCUGGCCACAGGCUUGUCCGACAGAGGCAGUACGGAGCCGUGCGGCAGCUGUUGAAGUGCGUGGGCGAAUCAGGCACCGCCACCAAGAACGACUGCGACGCCCUCCUCCUCAGCUGUGUGUCCACUGCUGAUAAGGGACCGGCCGAUGCCAAGGACGUGGAGAGUCUCAUCUUGGAGAUAAAGAGCACAGAGAACAAGAUAAAAGCCUACCUGGUGUGCAGCAAGCUGAGGCCAGCCUACCUGCUGGCUGUGAAGCUGGAGCCCACCAGAGCCGGCCCGUUAGUCCAGGACGUCCUCCAAGCAGCCGAGGGAGCGCAGGACUCUGUGAUGCAGAAUAUCUGUCGUCAGUGGCUCUCCGAGCAUAACAAAUCACCUCAGCAGCGCCAGGGCCGACCUAAUGCGAGGUAAAGGCGAGGUCGCCAUCACAGAGUAGCACUCAGGUGGUACGGAGAGCUCUCAGGGUUUAUGUAGAGGGGAACGAGUCAAAUUUCUACACCUUUAAAAAGCGUAGAAUAAACGGCGUUGAAGGCAUGCUAACUCCUUAGCACACGCUUUUUAAUCAGCAUGUAGAGUUGUUUUGCCUCAAGAGUACCCCACCAAUGCUGAGAAACAACAGAUUCAGUCAUCUUUUUAGUUCCCAGACCUCACAUCACAUACCAUACGAGAAUUUCACAGCCAGAAACCCACAAGGUGGCGCUCAUGUGCUGCGGCUAAUGCAGUCGUGAGCUGCCAAUUUAAAGAAUAAAUGCGAAGUGCUUUUUGUAGAAAACGUUAACCAUUUUUAUCUUCAAACCGCACACUUCCUGUCACAGAAGACUUGUUUUUUCUUAUUUAACUAAUUAGCCCCUUUCAACAGCACAGCUAAAAAAUCCAUGGCUAACAAGUUAACAUGAAAGCAGCACCUGGUUGACAUAAUGUUGAGAAACCCUGAGAGUUCAUUGAGAGUAGAACCUCUCAAAAACAGGAUUGGCACCUCUCUUCGACCGAGUCGCAUCUCUGCCAUCGUAAAGCUGUGAAUCACCGCCGUGCUUUAUCCUGGGAAUGACUCAUUCCUACAGUACUUUGAAGGAAGCUAUGACGAGCUCUGUUACUGUGCGUUACACAAACCAACCACAACUUUGUAAAUAGGUACAGUCACGCUACAAACUUGUCUCGGCAGAAAGGGAAAACAUCUCUGACUCAAACUCCCCCCUUAUCUCCUAUCUCUCCUGCUUAUUUUCUGUUGCUUUUCUCUCUGAGCGAUACAAAACUUUCCCCCGUCCUCUGUUGAGAAUCAUACAUAUUAAUUGUCUUGUUUUUCUGAGGACAAUGAAGCAGAGUGCCGUCUUUUCUCUUACAGAACACGUUGUUCCCUGCUUUCAAUAAAUUAUAACGUAGCAGCCGGAGUUAUUUUAAGCAUUCAAAGGUAUUUGAGCUGCUGCUGAGAAACUUACAAAGGCAAAUGUAUAGUUUUGGGUGGGAUACAGAAAGGGACCUGCUCGGAGACUUCACCAGAAACCCCCCUGGUGUUUCUUUUUUGAAGCCAUUUUCCCUGUGUGACAUGUCUGCAUUGCAUAAAAUGACAGUAACUCACUUGAGAAAAAGGGAUUUUUCCUUUUUAAAUGUGUUUUGUCUGUUAACAUAACAAUCAGCUGAUGCUGCCUGUUUCUCUGAGUAUGUCAGUAUUUUGGUCACAUGGUCUAGCGGAACAUCUUCCUGUUACGUUGAGCUCUUAUUGCAGAUACAGUAUACUAAUUUAGACUUGAGAUGGACUCCAAGCCUCUUUAACUUUGACUGCUGUGACUCAUCACUGCCGCACUUUAUACUUAAAUCUUUGGGCAAAAAAAACUGUAACAUAUGAAUUAUAGAGACUGCCUGAAUGAUGCAGGGACUCCUUCACCUGUAAAUGAAAUGACAAAAUAAAAAAGGAAUAUUCAGAAAUAUGGAAUACUGUUAAAUGUGCAACAUUUUUUGUUUUUUUUCGUGUUGGUGUGUCUACUGGUGCUAAAUUCUUAUAGAACCGUCAAACACAUUA